GCACAGCAGUUCGGCGAAUAACUUGGUAAGAUUAAAACAAAUGCAAUAGUCUUGGUUUUCUUUUUAUUUAUUUAUUUUUUCUAGUUGCCCAAAUGAAGAAUACGUACUUGUUUUUCUUCAUGUUUCCUUGCCCCAACAAUCCAUUCCUUAUCUUCUACUCUGUUUAUUCUUAUAAGUCCCCCUUUUGCAGUUCUUUAAUUCCCCUUCAGAACGGCAGGUUUUACUGGUUUUAGUGAGUCUGUACGAGCGCGUCUGGUUAGUAUCCUCAUUUGAAAUUACUGACCUUUUUCGAAACGACUCGGAGCAAUGGUUUUCCGUUAUUUCGAUAUGUAUAAACAAUUUUUCUCACUUUGACUGUGUUUUUGAAGUUACCGUAUAGUGAGUCGGUUGUUCCUGCUAGAAGAUGUCACAAGCAAAAGAACUUGGUCUUGCUCUGGCUUCUUUGUUAUCUUGGCUUCUUUUCAGCGAUACACCAAGCGAUCCAGAAGGAUAUGUCCGUGACCCAUCGACGAUUCGAAGCUCUUACGAUUUUAUUAUCAUCGGAGCGGGUUCCGCUGGAGCCGUGAUUGCCAAUCGACUUUCAGAAGUGGCCGAUUGGAAUAUUUUAUUGCUAGAAGCGGGAGGUGACGAGAGUAUAUCUGGACAAAUUCCAGCUAACGCGUUUGGCAUGCACUUGACGAAUGUAGACUGGCAGUACAAGACGCAACCUCAAGCCAAUGCUUGCCAAAGUGCUUUAAAUCGACAGUGCAACAUUCCUAGGGGUAAAAUGCUGGGUGGUAGUUCCUCUAUCAACUCGAUGUUAUACGUCCGCGGAAACAAACGGGACUACGACAAAUGGAGGGAUGAUGGAAAUGUUGGCUGGGGGUACGACGAUAUUUUGCCAUAUUUCCUUAAAUCAGAAGAUAAUCAAAAUCCUUACCUGGCCGGAACCAAAUACCACGGCAAAGGCGGUUAUUUGACGGUUGGUGAAUCUGGCUACCAUACACCAUUAGGUGCUGCAUUCAUCCAAGGCGGAGUUGAGAUGGGAUACGAGAAUCGCGAUUACAAUGGCGAAUUUCAGACAGGUUUCAUGAUUCCCCAGGGUACUGUCCGCCAUGGAAGUCGUUGUUCGACUUCGAAAGCUUUUCUCCGGCCAGUCCGCCAUCGACCGAAUCUUCACAUUUCUAAAAAUUCGCACGUCUUGAAAAUUAUCAACAAUCCUGAUACGAAAACAGCGACAGGGGUUCAAUUCGAAAAACAAGGGAAAAUUUACGUUGUUGAUGCGACUAAAGAAGUUAUUCUUUCCGCUGGUGCGAUUGCAUCACCGCAAAUUCUCAUGUUGAGUGGAGUUGGUCCAGCGGAUCAUUUGAUAGAGAAAGGCAUCACCCCAAUAUUGGAUCAACCCUAUGUUGGCGAAAAUUUACAAGAUCACGUUGGACUUAUCGGAAUGGUAUUCCUUAUUGACAAGCCUUAUUCACUUCUCACAACCAGAUUUGUGAAUCUCCCGACACUAUUAAAUUACACCAUUUUUAGAGGCACACCUUUUUCCAUGAUUAGUGGCAUUGAUGGAAUUGCAUUCGUCAAUUCAAAAUUUGCUAAUCCUAGUGAUGAUUGGCCAGAUAUUCAGUUACAUUUUGGACCCGCUAGUGACAUAGCUGACGACGGAAUCACAUUUCGGCGUGCGCAUGGUUAUACUGAUGAAAUUUGGAAUGAGUACUACAAGCCAAUACUCAACCGGGAUAGUUGGACGAUAUUCCCUACGUAUUUGCGGCCAAAAUCUCGUGGAUACAUCCGACUGAAUUCCAACGAUCCUUACGACAAACCCCUCUUCAAUCCAAAUUAUUAUAGCGAUACUUACGAUUUGGACGUCACUGUCGAGGCCGUCAAGUUUAUUUUAGCACUCGACAAAACCGAAGCCUUUCAAGAAAUGGGUUCCAGGUUGUACGACAAACCUUUCCCUGGAUGCGAGGACCAACCACUGUGGACGGAUGAUUAUUGGAAAUGCUGGAUCAAGAGUGCCACUUUCACUUUUGGGCACACAGUCAGCACUUGUAAAAUGGGUCCUGACUCUGAUCCGACGGCCGUAGUCACACCAGACUUGAAAUUCCGAGGAAUAAAAAACUUGCGCGUUGCCGACACAUCAAUAAUGCCGUUCUUGCCCAGUGGCAAUACAAAUGCACCAACUAUUAUGGUUGGUGAAAAGGCGUCAGACUUGAUCAAAAAUACUUGGCUACAGACCUAAAGCCACAUAACUUAUUGACAUUUAUUUAUUCAUGGAGUCGUCUUAAUAAUUUUAAUACAAUUUUAAGUAAGGCA